GCCCUUCUCUCCAGCAAUCAAGGGGUUACUCUGAGCCUGUAUUGGUGGGAUUGGUGGUAUCUGAGCAGGGUGGGGGAAGAGUCCCGUAUGUAAAGCCCCUCUUCAUGGGUGGGGAGAGGCUGCGGUGAGAGGUGCUGCACUCAGUAGCUCAGAUCUGGAGAUUUAAAAACUUCAGGCUCUUGCACCCUCCCCUCCAGCUCCUGACUCAAGCGCAAAGGGAAAUGUACUCAGACUGCAGCCAAGUAGGACAGGCAAACAGAAAGCAGCCUCCCGAGGCAUGUCACAUCCACUCUACAGAGGGAAUUUCAACGUGACUUUCGUCUGCAAGAUAAGGCUCUGCUGGAUGAGCUGCUGGAGAUGGCUCAGCUCCUGACAUGUAUCCUGCCUUAACUAGGGGAAAACGCGGAGUGCCCGUUUGGACUGUGAGUAGAACAUGAUCACUGUCCUCGCUUUUGGACUUAAUCAUGCCCCAUCAUGGAGCUUUACAGCCCUGACCCUCAGAUCCUCACUCAGCAUUAGCUGAUCUCCUGCCUCAUCUUAUACUGCUUGUCUUACUUGAGUGACCACACACAGAACUGCCUGGUUACCUGCUCAGGUUGUGCAACAUGCAACUGAGAUGGAGGUAACAAGUUUUCCUCCCCCUGGUAUUUAUAAUGACUCUACUCAGGAGGAGCUGAAGAUCUGGCCAUACACUGCCUUGGAGUGCUCCCUAAUUAUCUUUGCCGUUGUUUCCAUUAUUGUGUCAACCGUGGUAGGCAACAUUCUUGUGGUUUUGGCAAUCUUCACCAGUCGUGCUCUGCGAGCCCCACAGAACCUGUUUCUGGUAUCACUUGCAGCAGCAGACAUCCUGGUGGGCGCAUUAAUCAUCCCUUUCUCUUUGGCAAAAGAAGUUAUGGGCUACUGGUACUUUGGGAGUUUGUGGUGCAGCAUGUACUUGGCACUGGAUAUUUUAUUCUGCACUUCUUCUAUUGUCCACCUGUGUGCCAUCAGUAUUGACCGUUAUUGGUCUGUAACCAAAGCAGUCAAGUACAAUCUGAAGCGCACUCCCAAAAGGAUAAAGAGUAUGAUAGCGGUCAUCUGGGUGGUGUCCGCCAUAACUUCAUUACCUCCACUGCUGAAAAGCAACCAUAAAGAGUGGCACUGCAACCUGAACGACGAAAUGUGGUAUGUACUGUUUUCGAGCACAGUAUCCUUCUUUGCUCCAUGUCUCAUCAUGAUCCUGCUAUAUUGCCGAAUUUACCACGUAGCCAAGCAUCGGGUCUCUACGGUGCCUAAUCUCAGAAACGGUAUGAACGAUUGCAACAAUGUGCCAGCUAGUACCUGUUCCCACCAAGAGUCUAUAAAGCAUGGACACAACAAACACGAGGUAGAGGAAUUAGAUAUGGAAGAGAGCACAUCUUCAAUUCACAAGUCUUCAGACCCACCCCAAAAAACAGUGGCUGAAUUUGCCAAUUGCACCAAAACAAAGCUGUCGUGGAGCCUAAACCGAGGGCAUCAAAAGAGAGAUAGGUCGAUCUCCAUCUCUCAGUCUCGUUUGACGCAGCUACGAGAGAAGAGAUUAACCUUUGUUCUAGCUGUGGUGAUUGGUGGCUUCGUCAUCUGCUGGUUUCCAUUUUUCUUCACUUAUAGCUUAGACUCCGUUUGUAAAGAGAAAUGUGGCAUCUCUGCUGGUCUUUUCAACUUCUUCUUUUGGAUUGGAUAUUGCAAUAGCAGCCUGAAUCCUGUCAUAUACACCGCAUUUAAUAGGGACUUCCGAAAAGCCUUCAGGAAGCUCCUCACACGAGGUCAUAAAAGUAACAUGUGACAAAACAUGGGAACC